GAAAAGUCUUCUCCAUGGACGAGAACCAGCCCUUGAGCAGCGUUGACUCGGAAUACGACAUGGGAUCUAUCCAGAGGGAUUUGAACUUCCUGGAAGACACCUCCUCCUUGAAGGAAAUGGUUCUGGCCAACCCACCAGCUCCCAGGAUGAACCCCUCUUUCAUUGGCCUGAGGCCGCCCAAUCCGGCGAUGCAGGCGUUGGCGGCCCAGAAAAGGGAAGCCCACAAUCGCUCCCCGGUCAGCUUCCGAGAGGGGCGCAGGGCAUCGGACACGUCCCUGACACAAGGAAUUGUAGCCUUCAGGCAACACCUUCAGAACUUGGCCAGAACCAAAGGCAUCCUGGAGCUGAACAAAGUCCAGUUGUUGUAUGACCAGAUGAGGUCAGAAGACGAACCUUCUCUGGAAUCCGCUUCUCCUCACUUCCAGGACCUUGAAAGCAGCUCCCGGCAGGAAGAGGCAUCCUUGCCGCAGGAGGCGGCUUCCAACUUCCCCGGCAGCCUCCAUCCCCCGUUGCUAUCCAGGCGCCAGAGCUUAGAAACGCAGUACCUACAGCACCGGCUUCAGAAGCCCAGCCUGCUUUCCAAAGCCCAGCACGCCUGCCAGAUGUUUUGCAAGGAGAUCCCUCGGAGCCUGGAACAGCAGCUGCAGGAGCACAGGUUGUAUCAGAAGCACCUCUUCCUCCAGAAGCAGUCCCAGCUGCAGACCUACUUCAACCAGAUGCAGAUUGCCGAGGGCACCUACUCCCGCUCCAGCCAGCUGCCCCUCCCUUGCCACGAGGAGCCCCCUCCUCCUCCUCUCCCUCCCUCCCAGUUCAGCCUGGUGCCACCCUUGAGCCCCGUCAUGGAGCCUCCGUCUGCCGAAGACAUGCAAUACGGCCCUUUCCUCAGCCAGUAUCAGAAGCUGCAGCUCGACCUGCAGCCUCCCCCCGCCCUCCACGGCUCCCCCCAGGCUCCAUCCCAGCAGCACUAUCCCUAUCCGACUUGCGAAGGCCCGCUCGGCCUCUCCCCCGACCUAGACUAUGCCGGCCAGCCUCAGUUUCCCCUGGACCCCAGCCAGCAGAGUGGCGUCGCCAUGACCAACGUCCAAGGCGGCUCGGAACCUCCUGGGCCUCAGUCCAGCUACGACCCCUUAAACCUGGCCCAGUUGCCAGGGCUCCUGGACUGUGAAAUGAUGGAGACGGUCGAUCCCCAACACGGAGGCUACGUCUUGGUCAACUAGCCGCUUAAGCGGGAGCUUUCUUGGAGAAGGGGCACGACGGUGGGCCGAACUCAAGUCAUACCGUGGCCGCGGAUUUCCACCGGGACUCCGUGGCUGCUUCUCCGAGCUUCAUGGAUGAAGAUCUUAACCCUCUGAACUGGUACUAGCGGAGAAGGGCCAGGGCUUCCCUUCCCAGGAGGGGCUGAAGGCAGGCCCUGCGCCUUCACACAGAACAAAGAACGACUCUUGAAGGGACGGGGGCAACCCGCGUCCGAGAAGGUCUUCUCGCUUCUAGGAGGAUCUCUGGUCCUUCCAGAAAUCUUGGGUGUUCCACUCAACCUCUGUCAGAGGAAAACCUGGGAGAAUUCAGGAAGAGGAGUGAAUUUGCUCUACACCAUACUUGGCAAUAAAAGCAAUACAUUAUUAUUAUUAUUAUUAUUAUUUUUCCCUUUGGAAUCUGGCCGACAUGGAAGCCAGACAGGAAUGUAGGAUGCUUCAGAAUUGGUCUGCUAAGUUAGGUUAGGCUGUAGAUCAGAAGUGGGGGGACGAUGGCCGCCUUAGGACUUGUGGACUUCCAAAUCCCAGAAUUCCUGAGAAUUUUUGGGAGUGGAAGUCCACAAGUCCUGAAAGGGCCACCAUUCCUGAACCUUUGUGUAGAUGUUCUUCAGAGGACGUGCAGGAACUCUUGGGACUUCUUUCUUUCGUUGGCCGGAUGACUUGCAGGGGGGGGACGCCAAAACUUUGCACAUCUUGUGAACUCCCCGGGUUGCCGACGAAAGCUUCCCAUCGGUCCCUCUUGAAAUUCCGCUCGGGAGUCAACACCUAGGACCGUUGAAGUCGUCCUCCAGAGGUCAGCAAGGAAGGAGAACCAGGACUCUGAAGCUAAAGCAGCAUCAAAGCAAGCUUGGGAAGGACUUGAUCACUGGACAAAUUGUUCUAAGCUGCCCUUGGUAGCUUUAUUUUAUUUUUUUUCCUUCUUUUUCUUUUUUUUUUUAGAGGAAGCAAACCCACUUGGACUUCAAGAGUGUUGCGUUGGUGAUGGUUCUUAGUCUUUGCAUAUUUGGGCAACUAUUUAGGGGUGUAGUGUUUUAAGGACAAAGCAGAAUAUGCUUAUCAGAAAACCCAUGUGAAGUGAUAGUGCCGUGCCUUUUUUCCCCCCCCCUGUUCUUUCUAAGGCCCUUUCUCUCUCUCUCUUUUUUUAAUUCUGAAGUUCUUUUCUUCUUUUUUUUAAACCCCCCACCCCAUAUCUCUUGUCUAGGCUGACACCAAAGUCCCUUCAGAGCCCAGGUUCCACCGUGUGGAAUGCGGGCUUCGGGUUCCUUCGCCCCCCACCAUAAUUCUUUCUGACCCCCCUCAUCUAGAGACCUGAUUUUCAUUUCCCUUUGGGGGGGGGGGGGAAAUAGAAGAAGUAUUACAGCAAUAUUUAGGAUCGGUAACCAUUGACUCGUUCAUCACUUCGACAGGCCUCUCUAGGAAAAACAUACUUUGUUCCAAGAGGAGGGGGCGGGGCUUAGCGUUUGAGACACACCGG